ACCUAAUUAAGAUUUGCCUGUUUCAGAUUAAUUAGAUUAAGCUGAAGAUAAGGUUGGAGACGAGAUAGGUAUCAAUCCAGAGUUUGAAGAUGGAUAAAGCGGAUAAUUGCCCCCCGAUUGAGUCUGGAAAAUCUGAUAAAAAAGAUGCCAGUCAUGUGCUCUCUAACUCUGCUUAUCUGACAGAGAGAGAUGUUUGUAGCAUGUACUUGAAAAAUACUGAGGACCAAAGAGAUAAGAUUUCCGAGUUUUCGUCAAAUUUGUCUUAUAUUUUGUACUCCCCUCGUAUCUCAAUGACCAAUGGACCAGAAGGGAUCUUGUUUCAGUUUCCUAGCCCUGAACUCCUGGAUAGAUAUCUGAACAGGUAUUGCACCAGUAUCAGCAACACACUAGAAAAGAUCAAAAGCCUUCCCCAACGGUUCAGAAUUGUUAAGAAGGCGGGUCAAUUUCAAGUUCGCUGUAUCAUAAGUAAGAAAUUGGAUGAGUAUCAACGUUUUGUUGAGAAGGAAGGAGGAACUAUUGAAGACUUAAAUGAUCCGGCUACAAUUGGAUUUCCAAACAAGAUAUCUGUGUUUUUGCUCCAUCUGAAAUUCCGUGUUGGUGUACAAAUCAAACAUGCUUGCAUCCGGCACGUGAACUGCUCAGAGUGUGCUAGAUCUGGGGGUGGCUGGCGAAACCAUACUCCUCCUACCUCAAGCACCAAAUCUAACCCCGCCCUUAUAAUAAACUUGCAGAGCUUGAAUCCUGGCCCGAACCAUUCAGUUUCAAGUACUCCUUCUCUGGCAUACCCUACUCCCUCUAAACUCGUAUCCAGUCCUGUAAAGUCUACUCCCCAAGUAGAGGGACCAGAUUCACCAGAUAAAGAGGUCCGUGAGAAACCUCAUGGAGUUCGAGAGGUCGCGGAGGAACCUCCUGGAGUCCGAGUGGUUGUGGAGAAACCUACUGGGGCUCGAAAGAUCCCUGAAAAACCUCCCGGAUUUCUAGAGGUCGCGGAGAAACCUCAUGGAGUCCGAGAGGUUGCGGAGAAUCCUCCUGCAGUCCGAGAGGUCGUGGAGAAACCUCCUGGGGCUCGAAAGGUCCCUGAGAAACCUCCUGGAGUUCGAGAGGUCGCGGAGGAACCUCCUGGAGUCCGAGAGGUCACGGAGAAACCUCCUAAAGUCCAGGAGGUCGUGGAGAAACCUCCUGGGGCUCGAAAAGUCCCUGAGAAACCUCGUAGAGUUCGAGAGGUCGCGGAGAAACCUCCUGGAGUGCCGAGGCCAUUUGUGAAGAAUGAGCCUGCUAUCUUGACUGAAAAGGAUUUGUGCAGCAUGAUUUUCAGAAAAAGUAAAAAUUUCACGGGUGAGGUGAGAGCUCUUAAUUUAAAUAUCACAAGGCUAAUAAAGCUGUAUCCGAUCUGGAUUGCUAACAAUGAGGAUGGAAUUGUAUUUCAGUUUCCAAGUUUAGACACUCUAAAACGUGUUCUCAACAAAGAAUGUAUCAAUGGCAGUACUUCUUUAAACCAGAUCAGAAACUUGCCUCAAAGAUUUAUGUUCAUCAAGCGUUGUCAAUUUUUCCAGGUCAUGAUCUAUACAACAAAUAGACUUGACGAAAUAUCCUCUUAUCUCCAGAAAAAUGGAGGAAUGUUUGUCUUUGACGACAAAUGUGAACCUCGUAUGAUCGGGUUUACUGAAAUUAGUUCAGCAUUUAUCUUUCUUCAACGAUUCUCCCACUGGAACCCUAAAAUUAAUCUGUCUUGUAUCAAAGAACUAGUAUGUGAUUCCAAACCUAGUAAACCCAUUUCCAGUUACAAUAAAACCCUGGUGGUCCCAAAUUUAAGUUCUCCACAUUCCCAUACAAAUCAUGGCAAUGCUUCAGAUACAACUGAAUUUACUUCACAAGCUACUGUUCCGAUUGGAAGCAUCCUAGGUUCUGAUACCACUGAACCUCAUGCCAAGCCAGCUCAGGCUACCAUUGAAACUAUUGGUAUGGAUAGCAGUGAACCCUCUGCACAAGUUGAUGAACCUGCUGAACUGCACCAAAUUCAUCCCGAAGAUACUGGGGAAUCCAGCACUGAAGAAAAAGAUGAACUGAGACUAGUUAGUGUACACAACGAGUGUGUGGAGAUAAAAUCAGAUUUCCUUUUUCAUCCCAACUCCGUCUGCUUUCUGUAUCCUGUAGAAAUUGAUAUCAGAGACAAAAACCAGCAAGAUAUCGACCUCAGUCUAUUCCCUAAGUUUGGCCCUGUUACCAGGAUAAGCAUGACUAGGAAUGGGUUUCUCCGGGUCUGGUAUACAAGUCGGGGUGAUGCUAGUAGUGCUGUAAAGCAGCUCAAGGAUAAAUAUCCCAUUCAAGCUCUGCGGAUUGAACAUGUAUGCUACCCCCAGGAACAAGAAGAAGAAUCUAUCUACAUUGUAGAUGAUGAUACUGAGCUAAUGAUUCUCUUCAGGUCCACUAACAAGAAGGAAGAUAUAAGCAGGGAUUUCCCGGGAUCCAGGAUUUACAAGGAUGAAAAGAUAAUCUUUGACAAGGGUUGGAUUCUCCUGUUUGAUGAUCCUUCACUUCUCUUCCAGGCAUUGUAUGCCCUGCUAAGGGACAGUCAGUAUGAGGAUGUUGAUGUUCAACCACUUAGCUCUAUAUAUCCGGAGCUGAGGGAGGAUGAGAUGGGUCUCUAUACACUAGAGAUAGAUCUUGAAUCCUACUCCACGAUACAGGUUCUUGGUGAUGCAAAAAUGGAAGGAGAGCUGGCAAGCUUCAAGAAAAGUGCAAUGUCAACAGAACCAAAAACAAUUUUGAUACAGUAUAAAACCAAGAGAGAGGCUCUAAGAAGCAUACUGUACAUGAGAAGCAAAUAUACUGUACAUUGUACAUCAAUUACCGAGAAUUCCUAAGUAGUGGAAGGUAUGGCUGGUAUUGAGGGAAAAGGAGGAAGAUAUUCAUCACUAGAAGAAAAAAACACUAUUUCAGCAAAAA